AUGAGAGGAUUGACUCUAUGGCCGAUAGUUGUCAUUGCCAUCUCUCUAUGUGACUCGGUUCAUGCUGAAAAUUACAGACUACAAGAUGCCCCCAAGUGUGCCAUCAAUUGCCUCAACAAGUCCCUCCAAAAACCGACAUUCUCCGACGCCAAUAUCGAACGCCUGUGCAACGUGACGACCAUCAGCGACCAAGUUCUUGACUGCGUCAGAGGGGAUUGCAGCGUGAAGGAUCUUUUGGUGACAUGGGUUGGCCUUGGACAUGAUAUCUGGACGAUAAGCGAAAAAACAACAACACGAUUCUUCAUAUAUCUUCUUGUCGUCGAGUUUACAUAUGUUCUAAGCUUAUGUCUAAUCAAACUCUCGAUCCUCUUCUUCUUCCUCCGCAUUUUUCCCGACCCGACAUUUAUCAAAAUCAUCAGAUGGACGAUCGGGUUUACCAUUCUCACGUCAAUAAUUAUCCUAGUUCUCGCAUGCCUUCAAAGCGCUCCUACUGAACCGUCGCAAGACGGCUGGGAUGGUUUCCCGAAUUCAGGACCACAUCUGGACAUUCAAGCUCUAAUCCUUUCUCAUGCCGGUAUCAAUGUUGCAUUGGACGUUUGGAUGUUCAUCCUCCCGUUGACUCAGCUGUAUAACCUUGGCCUGAAAGCGAGAAAGAAGAUUGGAAUCAUGCUUAUAUUUGGCGUGGGAAUAUUUCUUAUCGCAGUCAGCUGCAUCCGUAUACCGCACAUGUUGGACUUCAACAAGACCUUGAACGCGACAUCCGACUCGCAGGGAAUCAUUAUAUGGUCCAAUAUCGAAACCGGUGUCGGUAUCCUUGUUGCUUGCAUGCCUCAUACCCAACCACUUCUACAUGCCGCCAAAUCGAAGAUAAAAUGGCUGAAUCUCUUACCGAGUGCGUCUAGCAGCACACGAGGGAUAUUCAUUGAGAGGUCUUUGGUCCCGAUCAGGGUGACAAAGACUGAUGGAACUGCUACAAGACCAGAGGACCUGGUUCUAGAGCGCAAAGAAGCCAAGUCAUAG